AUGCGCGUUUUGUUUGCUUUGGCUUUCUUCAUAGGGGUUUGUUAUGGUGUUACAUUAAAAGACAAUAGAUAUGAAGGGAUAUACGUCGCUGUUCAUGAUCUUGUGACCGAAGAUCAAAGCUUAAUCGACAGAAUAAAGGAUAUCUUUACUGCCGCAUCACGAUUGCUGUUUAGGGCUACGGAACAGCGCGUGUAUUUUGGUGAAAUCAACAUCGUCGUUCCAAGAUCCUGGACACCACAGAGAGACGCCCAGCCAGUCCAACAAUCCGAGCGCGGAUACUUCAAGAUAGAAGACGGACAACUGAUAACCCCGAGGACAUUUGGCAAUGAUAUUUGUGGACAAGGAGGAACGUACACUUAUCUCCCCUUGUCAUUCGUCAAGAACACAUCCAGGACUGAUUUUGGAAAACAUGAGAACGUUCUCGUUCAUGAAUGGGCACAGCUUCGGUGGGGCGUGUUUUCUGAAUACGGUACCGAUGAGGAAGCCAAAGGGCAUUUCUACCAAGCUGGAGGGAAGUGGAAACCCACAAGCUGCAGUGAGAACGUUCAAGGUCGUGUGGGGUUCGGUUCUAAUUGUAAGGCUAGUUCGUGGUGUGAUACAAAUGAUUCAACACGACGUAUCCACCCCGGUUGUCAAUUCUGUCCUGAUCUUACACAAUCGGUAGCAGGGGCGUCCAUUAUGGACAACCAAUUCGUGGACCAACUGGACCUGUUUUGUGACGACAGCGAAGAUACACCUGCAGCGAAAAGACUCAACAGACUUGCAACAAACAAGCAGAACCUGUACUGUGACCACAAGAGCGUGUGGGCUGUCAUGAGGGAACAUUCUGAUUUUACUGGAGUCCACAGUGAACGUCUCCCCAUAGACACCGACACUACGCCAGUAUUCACCAUUUUACAAGAGACAAAGAGCAGAAAGGUGUUUGUCCUGGAUAAAUCUGGCAGCAUGGAAUUGGACACACCAAUGAGGAUAGUACGCUUGCAUGAAACUGGAAAAUACAUAAUCGAGAGUGAAGAGGGGAUUUGUGCCGAUAGUUACCUCGGAAUCGUGUGGUUCGAUUCAAGCGCAUCUGUCAAGAAAGCUAUUACUAAGGUCGAUAGUGAAGCCACGAGGGCUGCUCUAGUAGAUGCUCUUCCAGCGAUUCCCAAUGGCGGGACAUGUAUCGGAUGUGGACUGAAGCUUGCUAUAGAUGAAAUCAUAAAAACCUUCCCACGUCCUCAAAACAUUCUGAGAUUAUUCUUAUGUCUGCUGGCGAAGAGAGGACGAACAAUUUAACAAUAACAGAGCAAGCAACCAGAGCGAAAGAUCUUGGUAUACUCAUACACACAGUCGCUAUCUCAAACCAGUCUUCUGUACGACUCGCCGACGUUUCGAAAAUUACUGGUGGAAAAAGUCUUUUUCUGGAGAUUGGAGG